UAGGUGGCAGCCAGACUAGUACUCCUACAAACACAACCUCUCCCAAUUCUCCAAAAGAUGAUUCUAUUGCGUCAAUCAUCCAUUCGAACACAGACCGAUAAGACUCUCCCUCUACGUAAGAUGAGCCAGGAAUUCGACGCAUUUUCUCAGAAAGUUGGUAUAACUUCCCUUGAAGAAGCAAAGAAUCACCUUCAAAACCUUGGUCCUGUACCUAAAUUUCCCGAUCCCGCGGAAAUUGAAAUUCGUAAAUUGGUAGAGCAAGAGGAGAACAAAAUCAUCCAAGAGGAGCACAAGUCCAUCAGACGUGAUUCCAUUAGCUUUUUGAAGCGUCGUACUUCUGAGCGCAAGACCAACCUCGCCACACCGACUUUGACAAUCACAACCGAAAGUUUGAGAAACUCGCCAAUGCUUUCUCCAGCAAUCUCUCCAGCACGCUCCCCAACACCACCCGAUUCUGCUGUGACACUCAUGGACCUGGCAGCGUCAAUUUUGGGUUCGAGUUCCACUGCAGAUAUGGUCGCCUCCCCUGAUACUCUUCAAUCUGAUGAAGAGCAGACUGUUCCAGCCCGGGAUACACCUAUCACAUCGUAUACUGGACCGUUUGGUAUUCGCAACCUUCUGACUCCAAUUGAGCAAGCAAAUACUAACAGCCAAGGCCAAGCAGAUGAGCAUGCUGCUAAGAACGUUACCUCAUCCUCUAGUGGAUCAGCCAAACCUGUAUUCCCUCCUCGUGUCUCCAGCAUGGCCCCACCUCCACCAAAUGUCGUCGCUGGCUGGGUAGGUGACGGGUAUACUUCGAAUUACGGAACUCCACCAACUUCAGCUGCGCAGACAAUGGGAGCACACCCUUGGCAACAGAAAACUGCUAGCUUUACAGCCACUCCUCUUGUCCCUUCUUCUAGCCAACCAGAUACUCAAAUGGAGCUUGAACACAAGAAAGCCAAACCUGAUGCUCUUAAUGCCCAUGGAGUCGAAAGUUCUGAUGGUAUCAGCGGUGUGCCUUCGCAACAGUAA